GAGGGGGUAAAAGGUAGAUUGGUGCCUUGGUCGCACACGUCUAUCUGCCUCACCUCUCUCUCUCUCUCUCUGUGUGUGUGUAUAUUUCCAUCAUCAGCACGGUUCCUUCUCCAUAUGCUGUCUAUUGGUCCAUAAUCCUGAUGGUUAAUGAUAUGUCCUCGCCCGUUACACACCAUACAGAGACGACUUACCUACGUCCUUACUCCUACUCUUCGCUACCAAAUUCAAGUGUUGUUUGAUGACAGGAGGGCGAGAGAGGAAGAGAGAGAUCUUAGAAAUUGAAAGAAAAAUGAAGAACAAACGGGAUGGUGACGACGAGUGCGCGUGCCCCUUCAGCAAGCCGGGCGAGGGCGACUUCACGUUCCCGGAAUACUGGGACCCGCCAGCCUCGACAGCAACCCGGCAGGACUGCUUCGACGCAUGUCAAGAUGCAUUCCUGACCAGCCUGACGGGCCAAAUACAUGUCAGCAACGUGACGUGCCAGCUGCUGGAGGCGAACGGACAGGGAGGGAACAUCUUCUGGGCGCUAUAUGACCUGAAUAUGAAGUAUUGCGGGUUGCAGCUGUCGAGUGUGGCUCAUCCGGAUCGGGGGUUGGGCCACCAGCUGGUGUGGAAAGCAUCAUUUCUACUUGCGAUAACAUCGGCUAUGGAGGCCUGGAGGAUCCGUCGUGGCCUCCAACAUCGUAUCAGUGCAGCGUGUGCCCUCUAGACAAGGAACAACAGAUAGAGCAGACCUCCACCAUAUCUAGAGACCAAGCUGCUUCUACUGCGAUUUCUAGGGCCUCCAUAUCAGCUGCGGCAGUGGGCUCCUCCUCUUCCUCGUCGUCAGCAUCGCCGAAUAUGUCAGGCUCAACCACUGCUCCCGGCGCAGUGGCCACUCACGGUGCACCCUCAGCAACCAGUCUUUCCUCAUCAAAGUCAACAGCUGCAGCUGCAGCCAGCAACAGUAAUAGUACUCUGAACACGCCACCAGGUCAACGUCUCUCGACACAAGGAAUCGUCGCCAUCGCAGUAUGCAGCACCAUUGCAGUUACAGCCACGAUCCUCCUCCUUUUCUGCGCCCUCCGCCGGAGACGGAGACAACAAGAAGCCCUUGGCGAUUCCUCAAUUGGUGGUCUCAGAAGCCGGAUCAGCAGAGUCGCCAGUGACUUUGCCAUGCCACCUGUGGAGUCUUACCAGCCAUUAAUAUCACCCACUUCAUCCCUCAACGCCAACGACAGGGCAUUCCUGACGCCACCUCUACGGCUCCGGGACAGGAAAAUACUCCCGUCUCUCCUACUACCCUCAUCAUAUACAGAGCAGCAACAUCCUCUUCCUGUCCCUCCCUCUAUCGUUAUUGGUCCUUCUUGCUCUGCGGAGGGGCGGCAUCCCAGUGGUGGUAGCAGCCUGUAC